AUGGAUCUGAAGGCUGGCAAACAUCUAGUAGCACCAGCGAUAAAUAAUAUCAGUUGCUCCAACAAUCGAUUUGCCGGCAACUUCUUCAGCCAGAUAGGCCCGUUCGAUGUCAUCCAGGCGCUGUUCAUCGUCCUGCUAACGUUCCUGGUGAUCAGUGCGAACCUGAUGGUGAUACUGGUGAUCAAUAGCCGCCGCUAUGCGCUUUACAUACAGCCCCAACCGCGCUACCUGCUGACGUCGCUGGCCCUCAACGAUCUGGCCAUCGGGCUCCUGAUCAUACCGUUCAGCGCCCUACCUGCCUUACUCCACUGCUGGCCUUACGGGGAAAUCUUCUGCCAAAUCCAGGCGUUACUCCGAGGAGCUUUAUCACAACAAAGUGCUGUUAUACUCGUGUGCAUGGCUGUCGACCGAUAUCUGUGCGUGCUUCAUCCUCGGAUAUAUCAUAAGCGAUCCAGUAAAAAGGGCUGUGUUGCGGUUUUAAGCGUUACAUGGAUAUUAUGUUUGACCUGCUUUGGAAUGUUGGUUCUUCCUAAAGGUUAUUACUUCAACAAAACCGGCCUACUGGCGUGCGAGCCGUUCUACAGUAAAUCAUCCUACCGGAUCCUGUCCAGCUGUGCGCUCUACUUUCCCACCACGAUGGUCCUGAUGUACUGCUACGGGUCGAGUUUCCACGCGAAUCGAUACCGUCUGGCGACACCGAGCGCCACCUCCCUGUCACUGCACGCCUCGGCCAAUGGGGGCAAUGGCAACGCCGCCACCGGACACGCCACCGGAGCCUCGGCCGAUGGCGGCAGAGACGGCGGGGGGCACGGAGGCCGGGGCAACGGAGAUACCAUCGAGACGCUGGCCGGGACGACACUGACGGCUAAUGGUUCCGGUCUGGAGCACCACUCUUGCGAUGGGAAUACGCUCACGGGAAUCACCGCUGUUACGCCGAUGUCGGUGUCCUUCUCCGACAAGUUUAUUGUAGACGACGACAGAAGGAUACAUGGCUCGACGUCGCGGACGAUGGCAGCAAUAUCAUUAGGUUUUAUAGUCAUAAUCACACCCUGGACGAUACAGGAGAUAGUGGCCACGUGUACUGGUUCGAAGAUACCACCAUCAAUCGAUUUUUGUGUCACUUGGGUAGCUUUAAGCAGUAGUUUUUGGAAUCCUUUUCUGUACUGGCUGCUGAACGCGAGGUUUCGAAAGAUUUGCAAGGAGCUCUUCAGUUCGAAGUGCACUGACAGCCAAAGCUCACCGGAGGAAAAGUGUAGCAUCAGCUUAGAUUACGAUCACCGCCUCACAACACUGCCAUUACCGCCGGGACCACCUCCGGCCAGCAUCUGCCGCUCGGCCAACCACACUCCCCGGCCGGACGUCGAGUGCUCCGAGAAAUACUGGGGCGACAUCCUGGAGCGCACCUUCAGUACCGGCAGCAUCAACACGCUGCAUCGGAUCGGGUCGAGCCCUGCGAUGCCCUUUCCCAACUGUCCGCCGGAUCACCAGAUGCAGCAGCAAUACCAAUGCGAAGCACACCAACAUCUGAUGCGGAACGCCAGCAAUACGAGCAUCGGCUGCCGGGACCAGCGUCCGACGGUCCUGGUGGCGCAGAGUACCGACUUUCGGGCGCUCUACUCGGCAGGAUCCGAUCCACAGGUUUGCGAUCAUGAGCUGCACGACAUCAACUGCGCCAAGAACAAGGCGUUCUUCCGUGGCUUUAACCUGCACCAGGGACUGCCGGAUAUCUAGUAUUUUCGGGGUUCGUGGUCAACUCGGGUAUGCACACACCGGUGGAUUACAGGGCUUCCUGUUGGUGGUCGCGUUCGACAGCACUGGUUCCAGAGCUACGCAAUGUUUUUCAACUCGUUUCCUUUUCGAAAAAAUUGAAUUCUCUAUCAGUUUGGUUAGGUUCGUGAGGUUUUUAUAUUUUAAGUAGGUGUAAAACAUUAACAUUUUCUAGUCCCAAGGCACCUUUUCUAAAUUUCUUUUGAAUGUAUAGAAAAUUACUUUUCUUCAUCAUCAUUUGAUGCGAUACCGAAUGAGCGACAGAAAAAAUCGGAUAACAACGUGCCAACUUAAAAGAAAUAAAAAGCGAGAAAAAGAAAUCCCCAGCCCACGUGCUUGGUAAGUGUAUUGUAAUAGUUAACGAUAGCAUAAUGUGUUCGAUCAUCAUGCCACCAUGGUUAGUAGGCGAGAGGGGCGGUAAAACCAUUUAGAGGGUAGACAAUACGACAUAAUUUCACUUA